CUGAGAUCUCCACUCACUCCCAUUCUCUCCUAUUCCUGCUCCUCUCUCUCUCUCUCUCCCUCUCUCCAUUUUUUUAUUAUCUGUUAUAUAUGUUCUUUUAUUGGGUAAAUCUCCAAUCUUCUCUCCGCUUCAGAUCAAAUCCAGAUCCGACCCAUCUCCCAAUAGAAUUGGGUGGUUUAUGUUUGAUUUAAUCAGAUCUAAGGCAAUAUAGCUUUUAUUAUUCAGCAAGUUUAUCUGUGAAGGGUUUUUAUAGGAUUCUUUGGAUGUGGUUGUAGUGAAAAAUAUAUUUGAAUUUGGGUGUUUUCCACAAAGAUGAGGGGGAGAGAUGGAGGCCAAAAGAGGAACUUGGUACCUUGGAUUUGUGCUGGUGUGCUCUUUGUAGUUUUUCUAUUCUUCUAUUAUGGCUCUUUCUUCGACCCUCAGGGUCAGCAUGCUAGUUCUGCUUUAGAGUAUGGUACUAGAUUCUCUAGAUCUCUUGGUUUUAGUAGUGAGGAUGAUGGAGAGGUUACACAGUCUAAUGAGUCGAUUUUCGCUGAAGAGGGGGAUGACGUUGCUCUCAAGAGCAUUCCAGUUUGCGAUGAUCGUCACUCAGAGUUGAUCCCGUGCCUUGAUAGACAUUUAAUCUAUCAGUUGAGAUUGAAGCUAGAUUUGUCUUUGAUGGAGCAUUAUGAGAGACACUGCCCUCCAGUUGAGAGACGUUACAAUUGCUUGAUCCCUCCACCACCUGGCUACAAGGUCCCUAUAAAGUGGCCAAAAAGCCGAGAUGAAGUGUGGCAGGCUAACAUACCACAUACUCACCUUGCACAUGAGAAGUCUGAUCAAAACUGGAUGGUUGUGAAAGGUGACAAAAUUGAAUUUCCUGGCGGUGGUACUCAUUUUCACUACGGAGCUGAUAAAUAUAUAGCUUCACUUGCAAAUAUGUUAAACUUUUCAAACAACAAUUUAAACAAUGAGGGAAAUCUCCGGACUGUUUUUGAUGUCGGGUGUGGGGUUGCAAGUUUUGGAGGAUACCUUCUUUCAUCUGAUAUCUUAGCAAUGUCAUUAGCACCCAAUGAUGUUCAUCAGAACCAGAUUCAGUUUGCUUUGGAGAGAGGAAUCCCUGCUUAUCUCGGUGUCUUGGGGACCAAGAGGCUUCCAUACCCUAGUAGAUCCUUUGAACUUGCCCAUUGUUCUCGUUGUAGGAUUGAUUGGCUUCAAAGAGAUGGAAUUCUCUUGCUUGAAUUAGAUAGAGUGCUUAGGCCAGGAGGCUACUUUGCUUAUUCGUCUCCUGAAGCUUAUGCACAAGAUGAAGAAGAUCUUAGGAUUUGGAGAGAAAUGAGCGCCCUCGUUGAACGAAUGUGCUGGAAAAUUGCAGCCAAGAGAAAUCAAACCGUUAUUUGGGUUAAACCUUUGACAAAUGACUGUUAUCAUAAUAGAGAGCCUGGUACUCAGCCACCAUUGUGUAGAUCUGAUGAUGAUCCAGAUGCAGUAUGGGGUGUCCCAAUGCAAGCGUGUAUUACUCCGUACUCUGAACAGAACCACAGAGAUCAGGGCAGUGGAUUGGCUCCAUGGCCAGCUCGUCUAGCUAGCCCUCCUCCUCGUCUCGCAGAUAUUGAUUAUACAGCUAACAUGUUUAAAAAGGACAUGGAAAUUUGGCAGCAGAGAGUUGAGAAUUACUGGAAGCUGCUGGGUCGCAAAAUCAAACCAAACACUAUAAGGAACAUAAUGGACAUGAAGGCAAACCUAGGAUCAUUUGCAGCGGCUCUCAGGGACAAGGAUGUGUGGGUGAUGAAUGUCGUGCCAGAAGAUGGACUAAACACUCUUAAGAUUGUUUAUGACAGAGGCUUAAUUGGCAGUAUACAUGACUGGUGUGAGGCAUACUCAACAUACCCAAGAACAUACGAUCUCCUCCAUGCCUGGACUGUAUUUUCUGGUAUCGAGAAGAAAGGAUGCAGCGCUGAGGACCUGCUUCUCGAGAUGGACCGGAUUCUCAGGCCAACUGGUUUCAUAAUCGUUCGUGACUCAAAAUUGAUCAUCGAGUUCAUCAAGAAACAUUUGAAUGCACUUCAUUGGGAGGAGGUAGCUCUAGUUGAUGCAGAACCAAACUCAGAUCCUCAAGAUGGAGAUGCUAUCCUUGUGAUUCAAAAGAAGAUGUGGCUUGUUGAUGAUAUACUCAAGGAUUCAGCUUGAGUUGGGUUUUUUUCGGUCGAGGUGAUCCUAAAGGAUUCAGGAAAAGUUAAAUUGUUAGAUUAUAUUUUUAAUUUCUAAAUGUGUUUAGGUGAUUCUUAUACCGUAAGGCAUAAACAUUUAUUUUGUAUUUGAUUUUUUUUCUUCCUUUAGUUUGUUUACAGAUGCUUGUUGCGAACAUUAUUAGAUAUGAGCAAUAAGUUAAGGUAAUGUGUUGAUCAGUUAUGAAGUGUAUUUUGUAUUUGAAAUACGUACACGUUUGAGAUGUUGUAUACAGUAAGGUAAUGUGUUGAUCAGUUAUGAUUUGUAUUUUGUAUUUUAAAAUACAUUCAUGUC